CCCCGACAGCCGCGAGCUCCUCACUUGGCUCUCUCCUUCCGUCGGGGAAGCAUGGGGCUGCCCAGGCUGGUCUGCGCUUUCUUGCUCGCCGCCUGCUGCUGCUGUCGCCGCGCCACGGGUGUGCCAGGAGAGGAAAAACAACCUGCACUCACACCAGAACCGGUGGAGGUGGAAGUGGGCAGCACAGCGCUUCUCAAGUGUGGCCCCUCACAUUCCUCUGGCAACUUCAGCCACGUGGACUGGUUUUUGAUUCACAAGGAGAGGCAGAUACCCAUUUUCCGUGUGCGCCAGGGCCAGGGCCAGAGUGAAUCUGGGGAAUAUGAGCACCGCCUUAGCCUCCAGGACUCGGGGGCUACUCUGGCCCUGAGUCAAGUCACUCCCCACGACGAGCGGAUGUUCCUGUGUAAGAGCAAGCGGCCACGGCUCCCGGAUCACUACAUUGAGCUUCAAGUCUACAAAGCUCCGGAAGAGCCGACCAUCCAGGCCAAUGUCGUGGGCAUCCAUGUGGACAGGCAAGAGCUUAGGGAGGUUGCUACCUGUGUGGGGAGGAAUGGGUACCCCAUUCCUCAAGUCAUCUGGUACAAGAAUGGUCGGCCCCUGCAAGAGGAGGAGAACCGUGUUCAGAUCCAGUCGUCCCAGACUGUGGAGUCCAGUGGCUUGUACACCCUGCAGAGUGUUCUGAAUGCACAGCUAGUCAAGGAAGACAAAGAUGCCCAGUUUUACUGUGAACUCAGCUACCGGCUCCCCAGUGGGAACCGCAUGAAGGAGUCUAAGGAGGUCACUGUCCCUGUCUUCUACCCUGCAGAAAAAGUGUGGAUGGAGGUAGAGCCCGUGGGACUGCUGAAGGAAGGAGAUCAUGUGAAAAUCCGGUGUCUGACUGACGGCAACCCUCAACCCCACUUCACUAUCAACAAGCAGAACUCCAACACUGGGGAGAUGGAGGAGGAGGCCACUGAUGAAAAUGGUAUCCUAUUCCUGGAGCCUGCCCAGAAGCAACACAGUGGACUCUACCAGUGUCACAGCCUGGACUUGGAAACUAUGGUCCCCCUAUCAAGUGACCCUCAGGAGCUGCUAGUGAACUAUGUGUCUGAUGUCCGAGUGAAUCCAGCCGCCCCUGAAGCCCAGGAAGGCGAUAGCCUCACACUGACCUGUGAGGCAGAGAGUAACCAGGACCUUGAGUUCCAGUGGCUGAGAGACAAGACAGGCCAGCUACUGGGAAAGGGACCUGUUCUCCAGCUAAACAACUUGAAACGGGAAGCAGGGGGACGUUAUCUCUGCAUGGCAUCUGUUCCUAAUGUUCCUGGCUUGAACCGGACACAGCUGGUCAGCGUGGGCAUUUUUGGGUCCCCAUGGAUGGCAUUAAAGGAGAGGAAGGUGUGGGUACAAGAGAAUGCAGUACUGAAUCUAUCUUGUGAGGCUUCAGGACAUCCUCAGCCCACCAUCUCCUGGAAUGUCAAUGGCUCGGCAACUGAAUGGAACCCAGAUCCACAGACAGUAGUGAGCACCCUGAAUGUCCUUGUGACCCCGGAGCUGCUGGAGACAGGUGCAGAAUGUACAGCCUCCAACUCCCUGGGCUCAAAUACCACCAUUAUCAUCCUCAAGCUGGUCACUUUAACCACCCUCACACCUGACUUCAGCCACACCACUGGCCUCAGCACCUCCACAGUCAGUCCUCACACAAGAGCCAACAGCACCUCCACAGAGAAAAAGCUGCCGCCACCAGAGAGCAAAGGUGUGGUCAUUGUGGCUGUGAUCGUGUGUAUCUUGGUCCUUGCUGUACUGGGCGCUACCCUCUAUUUCUUCUACAAGAAGGGCAAACUGCCAUGUGGACGCUCAGGAAAACAAGAGAUCACGCUGCCCCCGACUCGUAAGAGUGACUUUGUAGUUGAAGUUAAGUCAGAUAAGCCCCCAGAAGAGACGGCUCUCCUACAGGGCGGCAGCAGUGACAAGAGGGCUCCAGGAGACCAGGGAGAGAAAUACAUCGAUCUGAGGCAUUAGCUGACUCACCAACGUUUCCUGCUCCCUGCUCAGUCUUCACCCCAAGCUAAAGCCUCCAGAGGGACAGCAGGGAAGACCCCUACUCAGGUCCCCUACAGACCAGGUCCAGAGAGCCAAGAGUUGGGACAAGAGCCAUUUGGAGGAUCUCAUUUGGCCACGGAGGCCUGGUUUCGGAGUCCUCCUCUGUGUCCACUGAGUGAUGCUUAUCCCAAGUGACUGAGGGCCUCAGUCUCCCAGGAGUGGGGAGGGUUAUUUUAUUUUAUUCAUUUUUCGAGACAGGGUUUCUCUGUGUAGUCUUGGUGUCUGUCCUGGAUCUCACUCUGUAGACCAGGCUGGCCUUCAACUCAAAGAGAUCUGCCUGUCUCUGCCUCCUAAGUGCUGGGAUUAAAGGUGUGCACCACCACCUGGCUAUUUUUUUUUUCCCCGUUUUCCCAAAUGGACUUUUCCCUUACACAGCUGGUGGUUGCCGAUCCAUCUCCUGCCAUCAGCUGAGUGGGCUUGCCCUCUGAGCAGGUGUUCUCUCCUCACAGGCUGUCUUUGUGCUAGUUGUAUCAUGUGAUCCGGGACCUGGGCAUGUGGUCACAUACACUGUUCACACUGGUCCUUCAGAGAACCCCACAGUCCAGAGGCAGCUGCAGCACUGCUUCUGGACUUUCCUGCCUGCUGCUCUUUCAGGGUCUUUUGGGAUAUUUUUCCUUUGGGCAGAAGUCAGGGAUUGGUGGUAAUCCUUCAGACAUAUCCCUGAGUAAGGAAGCACUGUUCUGUUUGUGUGUUUUGGAGUGAAGACUACUUACUGAGCCCAAGCUUCCUGCAUUCCCUCGGUGGACAAUGGGAGACUGAAAGAUAAGAGAUGGGACAGAGAGGAGGUCUACUGUUCAUGGGGAUUAAGCUUAGAGGUAUAUUAGUACCAAAUUUCUACAUGGAGCUUAUGGGUCCAGAUCUGCAGAGUCCAAGUGGGAGAAUGGUACUUAGAAAUGAAAACUUGGCCUGGCAAGAGCUUUUGGGGGUAUGUGUGCAUCUGUGAGUGUGUGUGUGUACAUACAUGCAUACAUACGUGUAUAUAUAUAUGGUUUUGUCUGUAAAUUUGCAAAUGUUUCCUUUUAUAUGUUAUA